AUGUCCAGUAUAUCCCACAUAUUCCAAGAAAUACGGCCAGUAUGUGUCGAAUUAUCAAGAUACGUGUUCCUUCCAGAUGAUCUGUUUGAUGAAAAUGAUCCUCAUAUGCUCCAAAAAUUGGACCAAAUUUAUAAAAUAUUAAACAUUAAUUUAAAUAGCAAAGACAAUAAAAAACAAGACUUAAAUAGCCCACAAUUUGCUGAGUAUUGUUUUGUACCCUUAUCUCAAUUGCUAAAGCACAAUAUUAAAAGCCAGUAUUGUAAACAGUAUAUUUUAAAAUGUCUAGUACCGAUUCUACAAAUAUGGAAUCCAAUGGACUUUCAAGUAUUCAAACAGCUUUUACCCAUAUUGUUGGUAUUGCUACUUGACAACAACUCAAAAGUUUCAGACAGUGAAUUAUUUAUUGAUAUUUUUCUGAAUUUUACUUCCCCGACAAAAGCCAUUGUUAUCAAUAAUGAACAUGAUACUGGCCUUUUGGGGCUUUUAGCCCAAGUAAUUGUAAAAUUAUUGAAAAUAUUGGAACUGAAAAAAAAUCUAAGCCUAAAAUAUAGGUUAAAAAUCGUGACUAUAUUGACAAAUAUAUAUGUAGAGAUAUUCCAAAAAAAUGGCGAAAUUUUAUCGUUUAUUCUACCUGGUAAUAUUUCUUCAUUAGUCAAAGUUAUUAUAGGUGUUAGCAGUGAAGAAGGAGGCCACGCUCAAAAUAAAUCUGUUGAAAAAUUAACUACCAAUUUUGCCAAUAGUUUUAAUCCGUCUAUUGGUGGCACUAAUACAAAAGUUCCCUAUCCUUUAGUAAUAGAUUGUUUACAACUUCUACAAAAAAUAAUUUGUAUAGUAUAUAAUGACGAGGAUAAUACAAAUAAUGUAUCAUCUGUUACGACUAUUGCUGAUAUAAUAGACGAUAAAGAGACAAAUGGGCCAUAUCUGCAAGUAAGUGAAAACGACAAUAAAAAUUCGCACCCUCACAGAGAUGAAAAAUGGCUAAGAGGCACAAAAACACAGGUAUACAAAGGUGUAAGUACCGUUUUAAGUCAAUUACUGAACCGAAAUAAUGUUUAUAUUAAUCAAGAAAUAAUAAACUUUUGCUCCGAAAUUAUUCGAACUUGCAAUAGCUCAUUAGACAACUGUCGUGAACUAUUAACUAAAGCACUAUUGCAAUUGUCCAGCGAUAAUUUGCAGCUGAUUAAAACUGAUGAUGUAGAAAAUAUUAUAAAUACUGUGGAUAUACAAAAAACCAUUAGAUUUGAACAAAUAAGUACCUUUCAAGUGUUGAUAAAUUCUAUCAGCUAUGUCAAAAAUUAUGAAUGCUUACACAUAUUAGUAGUACAAAUAUAUGAAAAUUUAAAAAAUGUAAUUAAACCGAAAAAGCCAGCGGGUAACAUGUUGUUAAGAGAAGAAUAUACCAUGCAGUCACCAAUUAUCAUACCGUCGCAGAUUGAAGCAAUCGAUACUGUCUCAUUACUAAAUAAAGUGCUGAGCAAAGAAAUAGAAGGCUUGAUUACACGCUUAUUGAAUGUAAUUGGACAAAAUAUACCCUUACAAGAAAUUUCAAAUAUAAUCGAGUAUUUGUUAUCGGAUGAUGAUACUGGUGUGGGGGUGUGGGUGGCUGCAGAAUUACUACACAAGAUUGGUACCUGUGGAACCGAACAAGAAAUGCAGUAUUUAGUUGUUAGUGAUGAUGAAGGUAUGGAUGAGGAAUUACAUGCCAAUAUAGAACUGGUUUUAGAAAACUGUAAUGAAAACAUCACCCACAUUUUGUUUCACAAUAACGAGUUUGAUGAAUUCAAGUUGACUGUAAGUCUUUAUUCUAUUAACGCUUUGGGUUGUGAGAUAUUGCAAAGUAACUUUAAAACAAAUUUAAUUGAUUUCCUCCCUCCAAUAAUUGAAUGUUUGGCGAUGGAUAACGAAAAAGUACGUCGGCUUAGUCAAAUUGUUGUUUGCAACACGGCUAAAAUGGUUGCAAACAUGACAGUGGUCCAACUUGUCCAUGACAAUAUAGAUUAUAUUGUAGAUUAUUGUGGUUUGAAAUUGAAUAAUUUUUUAACCGCUAGAGUGGGCGUCAUAUUAAGCGUUGUAUGUCAACUUGGUGGAUACGAGAUAAUUUCUAACUUUAAAGAUAUUUUAGAAAACCUUUUUAGGUUUUUAGAUUAUUAUCAUGGAUAUGAAAGCUUGUGUAUUGAAUUUUAUCGAUUUUUCAUUGUGAUUAUUAAAGAGGUCAAAAAAAAGUAUGGGAACGAUUUAGUUAUUGAGCAUAAAAGAAGUUGUAACACCACCUUUAAACCUUGGGGAAUGGAAAAUAUUGAGCAAAUUAUCACUUUUUUGGAUGAUAACAAGGGUAUUCCGUUAGAAGAAACAAUUAAUAAUGGCGAAGUUGAAGAACUUAUUGGUGACAGUGACGAUGAAUUGGAGGAUGAAAACACAGAAAUACCAUGGGUUUCGCCAAUACCAAAAGAUACUUACACACUAUUAGUCCAAAUAAGUAAUUAUGGUGAACGAUUAUUAACACAUAAUUCCAAUGUUUUAAAAAAUUUGAUUUUGUCAGCUUAUAUAGAAAUUAUUCCUUUAUUGGCCUCGCAGUACAACUCAUUUUUACCACAGGUGGCACAAUCUAUGUGGCACAUUGUUGUUGAAUGUUCAUUACAGAACGAUAUUUUCAUAGAGCCUUGUUGUAAAGCAUUACAAUUGAUGAUUAGGUAUUCGGGUGAUUUUAUUAGCAAAAGAUUCAUCAAUCUAUACCAUAUCUAUGAUAAAAGUGAGAGUAUCAAUAAGUAUUUUAAUGGUGUCAAAGAUAGAAAAGCGCAAGAUGGCGCUAUUAUACAAGUUCCAAGAACGAUUUUAAGAAAAAAGUUGGCUAUAAGUUAUAUGUUCUUGGAGGGUGUAAAAGUUGUUGAAUUAACCAUGGAUGAUGUUGAUAUAGAAACCGUUGUGAGAAAGUAUUGUAUGGGGACGUUAUCUGUUGAUGAGAUCUUGGACAUUUAUCCCAAUUCCGUAGAUUUUAUUGCGUAG